CCACAAAUCGCAUUCAACUCGACUGCCCUGCCCAGGAAGUCGAGUGUAUUUAGAGGGUAGUGGCUACCUGUCAACGAUGGUCUGACAAAUCAUUUUUGCUGGAAUACCAAGCCAGUUUGCCUAACUGUCUAACUAAGAAGCCACUUUGAGCCAAGGGCAAGUUGUGUGAGCAUAAUUUGAGGAUAAUUGUACACCUAAACGGAAGAUAAAAUGAGCAUAGUAUGCGCUGCAGUCCUACUCUCAAAAUGAAAGAACUGGCGCAUUCAGUCAUCUGGUCAGUACAGUACAGUCCUGGUCUGUUGUAUCAUGCCGCGUAAAUGUGCCUCGCCUGCUCGUUUGCUCUAAUGUCUUACAUCGGAAAUAGCACGACACGUCCGGAAGCGUGCCAUACACGCCACAAUCGUAUUCAACUCUACUGCCGUGCCCAGGAAGUCGAGCAAAUUAGAGUGUAAUAGGAUACCUGUCAACCGGUUGUCAGCAUCCAAUGUACCGGUUUCUCCCCUCGAAAUCGCUGCCUAGAAGUACGUAGAGUGAGAAAACCCGACGGAAGGAGUUAGUCUAACGCACUAACAACCUCUCGAUUUCGUCCUACCAUCAAUGCUAUGCUCGACGUGGCGAAAAUGGACACGCUCCCGCUCGCCUACUGCGGACGCCAGAAGAAGUCGCCGACGCCUCUCAAACGCUCGAAAUCGACUCGACGCUCGCAGAGUCUCGACGAGCCGCUCACGGCGUCGUUCAUGCGACGAUGGAGUCUGAGAAACAGACUGAAGGGCGGCCGGAGUGUCGACUCCAACAGAGAGAGGCACGAAAAAUCGCUCGGACGGACAGGAUUUAUGCCACCGUACUUGAAGGAGUCGCAGGAGUGGACGUUUCCGCGUGGGUCAAACGAGCUGCGGUUGAGUGUCGUUGGAAAUCCAAGCUCGGGCAAGACACUCGUGAUUCAUCGCUAUUUGAAUGGAUUGUCUCCGAAUUAUGAUUCGAGUAAGAUCGUCAAGUAUGAUCAGUUCAAGAGGGAUGUUAUUGUUGAUGGGAAGACUCGACUUCUGUUGAUUCGUGACAUCACUGGGACGCCGUCUCCUCAGGUCAUCAAAUGGACGGAUGCAUUUCUUCUCGUCUUCAAUGUGUGCGACGAAUCAAGCUUCCACAUGGCGCUAACCUACUACGACAAAAUCAGUCAAGAGAAACAAGUCCAAGACAUGCCCAUCAUACUCGUUGGCACACAAGAUGCCAUAACCGACUCGAAGCCGAGACGCGUGAGUUCAAUCGACGUCCGACGUGCGACGGCCGACAGCAAGGAACCUCUACAGUGUCCAUACAUGGAAGCUAACGCUAAACACGGAGUGAAUGUUGAUUACAUAUUUCGUGAAAUCUGUAGGAAAAUGGUACUGAUGAGGAACAACGCCAUGCAAAUGUUGUCACCCGUGAAGUCCGGUUCGCCGGGCGUGUCGUUGACGCGAUCGCUCGGCGGUGAGUUCCACAACAACUCGCCGCAGUCGAUUCGUAAGUCGAAGAGGAAGUCAGCAUUGUUUCCGUCGAGUAGUGGAUCAAAGAUUACCGGAUCGGGAGAGAAAGUGGCGGCUGUGUUUGGCAAAGGUCGAAGUGUUCCGAUUAAACAGGGAGACCUUUGGAAGAAGACUAAGAGUGGUCUCACUAAAGAGUGGAAGAAGAAGUUUGUGACGUUGACCGAAGGCAAACUGACGUACUAUCCUAGUCUACAGGACUACAGGCAUGACGUCCACGGCAAAGAAAUCGAUCUUCAACGCACAACAGUCAAAGUCCCACAAGUACGUCUCGUCACGACUCCAACUACCGAUGGUCAACACACAAAACCGAGCAAAUCCGCAUCAUCAACCGACAUACCAAACUACAUGGACUCACGACACGACGGAUCAGUCGAGAAAAUCGGCGAACUUGCGAUCGCCGCGGCAGCAAUGGCCCUGCAACGCGGCCUCGAACGCGACAUGUCAAAAUAUGAACAAUUCAACACCAAGAAGGUAUGGGGACACGAGACGGAAGGUGGCGGGUCACCUCCGGGUGGAUCUACACCACAGUUUCUUGGGUUACUCAAACGUAGCUCGGACCACAGUCUCCCGCACGCGAAGGAUGUAGAGUUACCGUAUCAAUCGUCGACGAUGCCACGUCUUCGUUCAGAGAAACAAUCGGAUGACGAUCUGGACGGGAGAAAACGGGCCGGUAGUAAUGAGAAUAUAUUUGGUGGUUCGCGAAUGUCGACAAUGAAGUCGGGGCUGGCGUACGCACGAGAGACAGGCAUCACACCAAAUAGCACGUCCGGGUCUGGGUUGAACAAGAAGGGUCACCGACGGCGACGGAGUUGGGGAGCGGCGAAAUCGUUGGAAGACGAGUUGUAUGUCGAGAGUUGUGAGUUCGAUAUCGUUUCGUUGGAUGGUAAAUCGUGGCAAUUUGAGGCGGCGAAUAGCGAGGAACUCGAGUCGUGGGUGAAGGCGAUACGACAGCAGAUUCAGGAGAGUUUGCAGAUGUCGACGAGCGAUAAAGCGAAAUUGCAUCCAGGCACGAGAGCCGUCGACAGGAACGAGAUCGAUAGAGUUCGAGAAAUCGAUGGAAACAAUUUUUGUGCCGACUGCAAUUCCCCGAAUCCUCAGUGGGUGUCCCUCAAUUUGGGCAUUGUUGUAUGUAUUAAUUGUUCGGGCAUCCAUCGAAAUCUGGGAACUCACUUGUCGAGAGUAAAGUCGUUGGAACUUGAUGAUUGGAGCCCUGAGCAGCUGGCUGCAGUGAUGGCUAUUGGAAAUUCGUUGUCACGUAGAGUGUACGAGGCUACUGCUUCUGCACAGGGUGUUGGGAGGCCAACAUACAGCUGUUUGAGAGACGAGAGAGAAGAGUGGAUAAGGGCAAAGUACGAUACAAAGGAUUUCUUAAAACCGUUGCCGUCAUCGGAGUUCACUAUCGGCCAGAAUUUACUCGAAGCCGUCUACAACGAAAACAUCGCUCUUGUAUUCGAGUUGAUCGCUCACUGCACUCCUGAAGACGUGAGCGAGAAGUACGGCCGAGGCGACGGCAGGACACCCCUACAUGUUGCCUGCACAGUCGGCAGCGUCGUUCUCGUUCAGUUCCUCAUCUGGGCCGGGGCCGAUGUGAAUGCAGAGGAUGCCGAUUGCUACACUCCGAUGACGUAUGCGAGAACAGCGAACAAUCAAGCUUGUGUUGACUUGUUGUUACAGAACGGGAGUCGAGAUGAUCCGGGUUUAGAGACUCCGAUCUUUGUUACUGAGGAGGGAGUCGUAUUAGAUGAGUUAGAGGCGAGUGUUAUUUAGUUGGAGGAGACGCUCGGAUGUCUUCUUGUUGUACAGUGUUUGAAUUACGUAUCUGUUGUAAAUCGGUAAUGAUAAGAGCUGGAAUCGUGA